AUGGCCCGAAUCGUCGCCCUACUCGCCACCAUCGCCGCCAUCUCCGGCGUCGCCUCCGCGGUAACUUGCACCCCGAGCGAAACCUACUGCGGCUCCCGUCUCCUCAAAAUCGACGCGAACAAUCAGAAAACCAUCAAAUCUUCGCUGGCAGCGGGGAAACAGACCGCCGACGAUGCCCACGUGAGCCAGUCCGUCUUCUGGUGCGUGCCGUCGGGCGUUCCGGCCGGCGACUCGGGGCUGCUCUUCGUCACGUACUGCGACCCGGCGAAUGCCUGCCAGGAAGGAGGAGCAUUGGGUGGUGUUGGCGAUGCGUGCUCUACUACAUCGAGGUCGACCUCGCCCAAAAUUCGUCGGUAG